CGGUCAGACAGUCAGAAUACUCCUGUUUGGAGUUUAAGUCAUUUGGACCUGAGAGUGAAUGCAAACCGAAGAAAAUGAAGAUCCAAAUUUUGGUGCUGGCUUUUGCUUUGGUGGCUGUGAUCACUGCAGCACCAGCCAAAAAGGCUGCUGCAGUAGACUCAGAUGAAGAUGACACGAAGGCUCUAAUGGAUGCAUUUUCCAAGCACGGCCCUGAAAUAAUGGAACUGCUCAAAAGCAUCACUCUCGAAGAUGCAAUGUCUGACCCCGAUGUUGAUGAGCUGGUGGAGAGCAACAUCAACUCCACUGAAGUAGAUGAGGUGGUAAGCAAUAUCACCUCCGCUGACGCAGACGACCUAGCAGACAGCGACUCAGAUGAUGAACCAGACUCUGACGACGACAUUGACUUGGCUGAGCUGGCAGACAGUGACUCUGACGAAGACUCAGACUCCAUCGAUGAUGCUGACUUAGAUGAGCUGGCAAGCAACAUAACCACCACUGACAUAGAUGAGCUGGCAAGCAACAUGGACUCCACUGAUGUAGAAGACCUGUUGGUGAGCACUAUUAACUCCACCGAUGUAGAUGAGCUAGCAAGCCACAUGAACUCCACUGACGUAGAUGAGCUAGCAAACAACAUGGACUCCAGUGAUGUAGAAGACCUGUUGGAGAGCACUAUUAACUCCGCUGAUGUAGAUGAGCUGGCAAGCCACAUGAACUCCACUGAUGUAGAUGAGCUGGCAAGCAACAUGGACUCCUCAGAUGUAGAUGACCUGUUGGAGAGCGCUAUUAACUCUGCUGAUGUAGAUGAGCUGGCGAGCAACAUCAUCUCCGCUGACGUAGACGACCUGGCAGACAGCGACUCAGAUGAUGACACAGACUCUGACGACAACGUUGACUUGGCUGAGCUGGCAGACAGUGACUCUGAUGAAGACUCAGGCUCCAUCGAUGAUGCUGACUUAGAUGAGCUGGCAAGCAACAUAACCACCACUGACAUAGAGGAGCUGGUAAGCAACAUGGACUCCGCUGAUGUAGAAGACCUGUUGGGGAGCACUAUUAACUCCGCUGAUGUAGAUGAGCUGGUAAGCAACAUGAACGCCACUGACAUAGAUGAGUUGAUAAGCAACAUGGACUCCAGUGAUGUAGAAGACCUGUUGGAGAGCACCAUUAACUCCACUGAUGUAGAUGAGCUGGUAAGCAACAUGAACUCCACUGAUGUAGAUGAGCUGGUAAGCAACAUGGACUCCAGUGAUGUAGAAGACCUGUUGGAGAGCACCAUUAACUCUGCUGAUGUAGAUGAGCUGGUAAGCAACAUGGACUCCACUGAUGUAGAAUACCUGUUGGAGAGCACCAUUAACUCCGCUGAUGUAGAUGAGCUGGUAAGCAACAUAAACUCCACUGAUGUAGAUGAGUUGGUAAGCAACAUGGACUCCAGUGAUGUAGAAGACCUGUUGGAGAGCACCAUUAACUCCGCUGAUGUUGAUGACUUGGUGGAGAGCAUUAUCAACUCCACUGACAUAGAUGAGCUGCUCAAGAAUGUCACUCUUGAAGAUUCAAUGUCCGAGUCCACCACUUAUGUGGAGGUCGCUGCUGAUGAGGAAUCAGCGACCCUGGACUCUGCUGACGUAGAUGAGCUGGUGGAUAGUGAAGACAAUGAUAAUGGUGAUGAUGCAAUUACAGAUGCAGAUGAAGAUGUUGAUGUAGAUGACAUCUCUUCUAGUGAUGAAGACAUUUUCGAACAGGCACUGGUCAGGGUCAGAGAUUUCAUAGAUGAACUGCUCAAAGAGAAGCAUGAGACCGAGAUGGAUGCUUAAUAAGCUAAGAAGUCAGAAUCCCUCACGGCAUCCUACCUGUAUGCCACAAGUGUACAUAAUGUCUUCUCGUAUUUUUCAAAUAAUUUAUUUGUGAAAUGACAGACGCCUACAGACUUGCCACAAAUUCUAUUCAAAAAGACAAAGUUUCAGUCCAAGUAGGAGCUUCGUCAGGCCCAAAUGGUUGAGAUGCGUUAAGAUCCAUCCUGGAUUGAAACUCGGUCUUUCUGAAUUCUUGGUCUUUCUAAAUUUGUGGCUUUGUUUCUGUUUUUAAUUUACGUUGCUGUAUAAAUAACAUAUUGUAUGAUUUAUAUACAUGUGUAUCUCUACCUCUUACCUACCUCAAUAGCUCUCCAACUUAACACUUGAUCUACAGCAAAACGGGUAUCAUCAUGAUUGCCAGAGUAUGUAAAUAAAACCACCUGAAGCAUUGUCUUACAAUAAUUGGAUCACAUUAUAUUGCACUCUGUAGUGUUAAACCCAUUGCCCUUUGGUGAAAAAUAAAGUUGACAGCAUUUUUUGUGCAUCUGA